UGCCCCCAAUCAGUAUAGAUGUGUUCGUUCCUAGACAGUUACUUUGUAGUUGUUAGCAGGAACCCUGUGAAUAAUAAGGAUGGCAAGUGUAUCCAGAGUCCUGACCAAGAGGAUUUUAUUAACUAAAGCCUUCCCUGCAGCAACCCGAUGCAGCUCCAGGAACAUCCACUUCUCCAUCUAUGGGAAGAAGGACAACGCCAAAGUGUCAGAUGAUAUCUCAACCCAGUACCCGGUAGUGGAUCAUGAGUUUGAUGCGGUGGUGGUAGGGGCUGGGGGAGCAGGUCUGAGAGCUGCUUUUGGUCUGUCUGAGGCUGGCUUCAACACGGCCUGUGUCACCAAGCUGUUCCCCACUAGGUCUCACACUGUGGCAGCACAGGGUGGGAUCAAUGCAGCCCUGGGUAACAUGGAGGGAGAUGAUUGGAGGUGGCACUUCUACGACACAGUGAAGGGAUCUGAUUGGCUAGGGGACCAGGAUGCUAUCCACUACAUGACAGAGCAGGCCCCAGCUGCCGUGGUGGAGCUGGAGAACUUUGGAAUGCCCUUCAGUCGGACAGAGGAUGGGAAGAUCUAUCAGAGGGCCUUCGGGGGUCAGAGCCUGAAUUUUGGAAAGGGAGGCCAAGCACACCGAUGCUGCUGUGUAGCUGACAGGACUGGACACUCCCUUCUUCACACAUUGUAUGGACGGUCCUUAAGGUAUGAUACCAGCUACUUUGUGGAGUACUUUGCCCUGGACCUGCUGAUGGAGGAUGGUGAAUGCAGAGGAGUGAUCGCUCUCUGUAUGGAGGAUGGAUCCAUCCACCGCUUCAGAGCCAACAACACUGUCAUCGCUACUGGUGGUUAUGGCCGUACCUACUUCAGCUGUACCUCAGCCCACACCAGCACCGGGGAUGGCAACGCCAUGGUAACCAGAGCUGGCCUACCAUGCCAGGACCUGGAGUUUGUACAGUUCCACCCCACCGGUAUCUAUGGUGCCGGCUGCCUCAUCACUGAGGGUUGCCGUGGCGAGGGAGGCAUCCUCAUCAACAGUGAAGGAGAGCGCUUUAUGGAACGCUACGCUCCCAACGCCAAAGAUCUGGCCUCCCGGGAUGUGGUGUCACGCUCCAUGACCAUUGAGAUCCGCGAGGGAAGGGGUUGUGGUCCAGAGAAGGACCAUGUGUACCUGCAGUUGCAUCACCUGCCCCCCCAGCAGCUGGCCACCCGCCUGCCUGGUAUCUCUGAGACCGCCAUGAUCUUCGCUGGGGUUGACGUCACCAAAGAGCCCAUCCCUGUCCUGCCCACCGUCCACUACAACAUGGGAGGAAUCCCCACUAACUAUAAGGGACAGGUCAUAACUCAUCCAGAUGGGGAGGACAAGGUGGUGCCAGGGCUGUAUGCCUGUGGUGAGGCUGCCUGUGCCAGUGUCCAUGGUGCCAACCGGCUGGGUGCCAACUCCCUGCUGGAUCUGGUGGUGUUUGGCAGAGCCUGUGCCCUCACCAUCGCUGACACCUGCACCCCAGGUGAGAAGCUUUCCCCACUGAAGCCCAGUGCUGGAGAGGAGUCUGUGGCCAACCUGGACAAGAUCAGGUUUGCUGACGGGAACACCAGAACCUCUGAGAUCAGACUCAACAUGCAGAGAACGAUGCAGAACCAUGCAGCAGUGUUCCGUACCGGUGACGUUCUGAAGGAGGGAUGUGACAAGAUGGACGCCAUCUACCAGACCAUGGAGGACAUCAAGACAUUCGACCGUGGUAUGGUGUGGAACACUGACCUGGUCGAGUCUCUGGAGCUGCAGAACCUGAUGCUGAACGCGGUCCAGACUAUCCACUCUGCCGAGGCCCGCACGGAGACCAGGGGAGCACACGCCCGGGAGGACUACAAGGAGCGUAUGGAUGAGCUGGACUACGCCAGGCCUCUGGCAGGACAGGAGAGGAAGCCUUUCCAACAGCAUUGGAGAAAACACACAAUGUCCACUAUGGAUCCUAAGACUGGCAAGGUAACUCUGGAGUACCGCCCAGUGAUUGACACCUCUCUGGACCAGGAGGAGUGUUCAGCCGUCCCUCCAGCCAUCCGCUCCUAUUGAGACCAUCUCAACAGGAACACUCUGAUGUAUUACUGUCACUCUGUACGCUUCCAGCAAAACCCACCUAGGAUCCAUUUCACUCUAUGACCUUCACUCUGUGUGAGGGAGCACUGUAGAUAGGGAAUUAUUGCUUUCUCACAUGCAGUUUGACUUUUAACCCACCCAAAUGAAUUGUUAAGGUAUUGUGAUUGAAGUUUGUAAAUAUAGAACUAUUUUAUAAUUGUCUGUUGUCCUAUGAAGUUGUAGAGUAGUUUCCUAUAGGUAUGUAGUCGCCUAAAUACGCCCAUUCUCUGUGGCCUUCAUUAUUCGCUGAUACCAUAAUAUUAGGACUCAUAAUGGAAUACUGAAUUUAAAUAUUGUGUAAUCGCUGUAGUUCAGAGUGCUAAGACAUCCUAUUUCCUGUAGAUGUCCCUUCAGCGUCGUUAACACACAGUCUUUAGUGAUUCUCCUUUCAGGAUACAUUCAUGUGUACAACUGGCGUGUGACCAGCAGUAUUUCUGAUGGGAUGUUUGAUGUCACUCUGCUUGCUACAGGUCCUGCACUUUAUGGCAAUGUUUAAAAAUAUACUCAACUAUAGUUGUCUUUGUGCUAUUUACUGGUGGAAUAUAGUGGACAUUAAGACAAUUAGGUAGGGGAAAAUAAAUGAAAUACUAUGUAUGUUACCAAGAAUGAAUUUGUAUUUGCAUUGUUCUUAUGUUCUGUGUAUUAUUUCAAAUGUGUCAUUAAACUUAGAAAUUAAAUCAA